AUGGGCAACCUGGAAGUCAAGCGCCUCUAUUUUGACGGCAAGUCCCAAAUAGAGCAGCUCAGGGGCCAGGUGGAGACGCUGCAAAACGCUGUCGCGAACCAGCGCAUGUCGACAUCCCAUACGAUGUGGGACGACAACGAAUACACGACCCGAUUCAACCGCCUCAGUGGCGCCAUCAACAACCUGGCGUUCAACAUCCGCAAGAACUGGCGCUGCCUGCCGCAAUGGCUUGAGGGCUAUGUAAGCGCCGAUGCGCUCAAGACGGGCAAGCGGGAAAUGACUGUGAUUGGACGGGCUAUUGCGUCGAGGUGGCUCGCCGAAAAGAUCUUCAACAAGUGUUUCCACCCGGCCCUCGAACCGCAGCUCAGCUCACAGCUCAAGGAGAUCGAGCUCAGCAUCCGGGCAAACGCCUAUACCAUGCAUAGCGAGGAAGAAUUCGGCGCACUCACGACGAAGGUAGUACGCUGGAGAAUGGCCACCUUGGAACGGUCUGCAAAGGAACUUAACUCGACGAGGGACAAUAGUGCGAUUUUGACGAGCAAAGCAACAGUGGACCUUGCUGAGCACCUCUACCAGUACUUAAACAGCCCGCCACCUGCCGGUGUCGAAGGUAGCGUGUCGAUAAUCGUGGAGCUGGCGGUGUCCAUAGCGUCAAAACUGCCGCUGGAGAGCCGCGACUUGGCCAUCGUCUAUCCCUUCCCUGGCGAGAUGGUGCAACUCCACCUAAUGGAGAUUCAGAAUACUGUCCUCCCGAUUCUUGAGAAUCAAAAGUCCGGGACUGAUGCUGGCGAGCAUGAGCAUGAAGACGAAGAAAAUAUAGACAAGAACAAGAAUGGCAGGGCGCCGGGAGACCAGGUCAAGGCCGUCGGUCAGUGCGCAUACGACAUGGGCUUAUCCCCGAAAUUAUCCUGGUGCUGGAUCGCGGUGUUCUCCUUUGUGAGUCUCGUCGCCAACGUCGUCUUCCUCAUCGGCUGCAUCUCCCCCGGCACCGCCAACCUCUCCCUCUACCGGGUCAAGGUCGCCGUCCUGGCCGAUGGCCUCCAAAAGCUCGCAGCCGAGGACAGCGGUGGCGCAGCGCCGGGGACGCUCCUCCACCCGGACCUGCCAAUCUACUGGUACUGGGGCAGCUCGGGCAUUUGCGAUGUUUACGGCUCCCAGAGCGAGACGCGCUGCCGGCGGCAGUUUCCCCCGACACAAGCCGUCCUCGCCAUCGUGGAGGAGUCCCUGCGAGACCGCCUCGGCGAGGGCACCGACCAGGCCAGCGCCGUCGUGUCGGCCUGGAACGCCACGCUCAGCCGGCUCAACCCGGCGCGUCUCCGCGACCGGGAAGCGCGCUUCGCGUCCCUGUCCAAGGCCAGUGCGGCGCUCACCGUCCUCGCCGCCAUACUGGACGUCUUCAGCCCCGUCGUGGGGGGAGCCGUGGUGUUUUCCAGCUCCAAGUCGGCGCUCCUGCCGUACGCGGUACCGGUGCUAGGCGCGCUGCUCGCCCUCGGCGCGGGCGUGCUCGCCACCUGCUCCAUGAACGAGGGCGUGCACGGGGUGGUCGGGACGGGCGAGCACGGCGGGCCGGGCGUCAUCAUCCUGUUUGUUGGCGCCGCGCCGCGACUCGGGUCGAGUCUCCUGGGCUGCUGCGCGUGUAACGGCGUGGGGAGGGAGGAUAGGAGGCAGGGCGAUGCGGAGUUGUCGCCUCAGAAGCAGUGGCAGCAGCAGCAGCAGACGAGCCCAAGGCGUGAACGACUCAGCAUCGAGGAUAUCGGCUUCUUAGGCGAGAAGCGCAUCCACGACCACUUCCAAUGCGCGCUCCCCGACUGGACCGCGCGGGGAAACUGGACCAGCAAGCUCCGAUCCAAAGACGGCCAUCCGCGGUUCACCCAAGACGAGCGGCUCUUCGCCGACUUCACCUACGCCGACCGCUCUGGCAGCAUGCGGGAGGCUCUGCGGCGGGCGCACGUGCCCGUCUCGCCGGCCUGGUCCAACAACACGACCUACCACUUCGAGGUCAAGACAACGCCGGGGGAGUAUGACGCGGACAUGUUUCUUCGCGAGUCACAGGUGCAGAAGAUGCAAGACUACGACCACGACCCUAACAACGCCUACAUCCUCAUCCGCAUAUCCCGCAUCCAGGGCAACCCCGUCACGGACUACUUCCCUAACCCCUGGACCCUCGUGGAGAAUGGGGCAUUGGAGCUGGACUGGGGAACGUACCGGGCGAGACUCAGGUUGUGA